AUGCGCGAAUGUUCACCAGCGACAUUCAUUCCGUCGUCAUUUGCUAAAUACAAUUUACUGGAUGGAAUUUCAACGGAUCGCAGUAUUCCCAACUCUUUACAAAUCAGUUUCCUGCUGCGCACACGUUCCGGAUCCGGUCAGAUUAUCUAUUUGAAAGCUCCAAAUGCGUUUCUUUCGCUUUCGCUGAGAAAUGGCUUGCUGAUUUACGAAGCGCUGGUUGAUGGCGAUGUGAAAAAGCGAAGCUCAGAUUCCAUGAUGAACGAUGGUGUCAUGCAUAAUAUUGUUGCGAGCUCGAGUGGUUUGUACAUCGAUGACAAGCUCAGUGGCACUAAAUCGCUG